UGGUGGCACGAAAGGUCCAAAAAGCAAGGGAUGCUCUCCUUGCAUUUCAGGCACUUUGGAACCGGGAAGCCGGUGAUCCUUGGGAUGGCAGGGAGGAGAUGGGGUCUGCAUCUGGAAGCCUGAUUUGGCGGCAGAAGCCUGCUUUUAGUUCCUGUAUACUUUGGACAGAUGGAUCCAAUCUGGGAGCACUACAGAGAAGGUGGAGGGGACGGCAGCCCUGUUGCUGCACAACCCAGCUCCUUUCAUGAUCCUCUCUGAUCUUAUGGGGAAGCAAAAGGCUCAGGGUUGGGGGAACCUUGGAGACAUACAGCACUUGCAGAAGGAGCAGCUGGGAGGACGUCUGGUCCCUGGAGAAAGGACUCAUCCAGUACUAGCCAUGAGGCCAGGGCCCUUUCUCUCCUCCAAAAGGUUUAGUGGGAGCUGGGGGCCGGUGGCUGGAGGCAUUGCCCUCUUCUUUCUCCUGUCUACAGUUCUCUGGAGUCUGCAAUACACCAACCCAAAGGCAGAAGCACCAGCCCAGUCCAUUGGAGCGCCCUCUGAUGCUUGGCCAUCCAACAAAGGCCUGGCCAGGAGGAGGCGCUACGCCAUCAACCCUCUAGGCUACAAGUGGGACCAUGUGAACCUGACCUACAAGAUUGUACAGUUUCCCAACACUCUCAACAAGGGUGACACCGAACGUGCCAUUGCCAGCGCUUUCCGCAUGUGGAGUGAUGUUUCACCGCUCAGUUUCCGGCGCUUGGCACCCACCCAACAGGCAGACAUCACUAUAGGUUUCUACACCUUUAACCACACCGACUGCUGGUUCUCUCCCCUGCAUCCUUGCUUUGAUGGGCUCAACGGGGAGCUGGCUCAUGCCUUCCUCCCUCCCCGUGGUGAGAUCCACUUUGAUAACCAUGAAUUUUGGAUAUUUGGACGCUCCCGCUUCAGCUGGAAGCAAGGUGUCUGGCUAAAUGACUUGGUCCAGGUAGCAGCUCACGAGAUUGGCCAUGCUUUGGGCCUGUGGCACUCCCGGGACGUCCGAGCCCUGAUGCACCCCAAUGCCACCUACAGCAGGACAUGGCAGAUUGGCCAGGAUGAUGUUUGGGCGAUCCAGCGCCUGUAUGGUUGUGUCGAUGAGAAGAAGCAAUGCCGGCCCUGGGCUCAGCAGGGUUUCUGCACACGCCGGAGGGCCUUCAUGAAGAAGCACUGCCCCAGGAUCUGCAACGCCUGUUUUGAGCACCCUGAGGCUGCCGCUGCUCCUUCUUUGUCUCCACCAGUCCACCCUCCUCGUGAACACAUCAGAUACAUCUCUAAAGGCAAGGUUAUGACUUUCCGUUGUGGGUUGAACUCUUCCAGACCCCAGGUGAAAGUCAGCUGGUAUAAAGAUGGGGAGCCACUCUCCCGCUCCGUCCAAGGCUUUGAGCUACUUCCCAGCAAGGAUCUCCGCAUCAUCGCCACAGAGUUCAGCGAAGGCCGAUACGCCUGCAUGAUCCGCCGUGGCGGCAAGACUCUUUGGGUUAAUUCCUGGCAGAUCAAGCUCAAGGACUGAAGUCUGUUUUGUUUUGUGCUGGGGUCACACAAAGGCGUCUCUCUGCGAUGACAAACUGAAGCUUCAUGGCGGGGCAGGAGUUGACCUGCUUCGGUGACUUGUAACCAAAGUGCACAACUUGCUCACUGGCUUGUCUCAACUAUGGCAA